GGCCCAAAUCGAUCCUUCAAUCCAAGUCCCCCCUUCUUCCUCUCCCGCGCCGCCGCCGCCGAUCGCCGUCGCCGCGCGCUGGAGAUCCAAGAUGGACGGGGAAGACGAGAAUGCGGGGCCCUUCCGUCGCACCAGCUCGCGGACGCGGCGGAUGGCCUCGCGCAUGGCUUCCGCCCUCUCCAGCUCCGACAACCGCGCUCAGGCUGCAUUAGCUCGUCUUGACGCUCUUGAGAGUGAUAAUGCUGGGGCUGAGGUGGUGGAUCUCAACGAUGAUGAGUAUGGAUCUACUGAUGAGGAGGACCAUGUUCUGAUGCAAAAGAAGCAGUCAAAGAACAUGAAACGCAAGACAAGGCAAGGAAAAGCUUUGGAGAAGAGGGCUGUAAGAUCUUUUAUGGAUGUGCUACAAGAGGCAAAUCUGGAGUCCUUGCCAUCUCAUGUCCCAACAUAUUUGAGGGCUGCUGUGGGUCCGCCGAGCACUUCAUCCCGACGCCAUUACUGCUCCGUCUGUGGGAGUUCUUCAAAUUAUACAUGCCCCCGGUGUGGGACACGGUUCUGUUCAUGCCGCUGCCAAGUCAUACACAACGAUACCCGCUGCCUGAAAUUUGUUGCUUAACCCAUCUACAAAUCUGUGGUGCCUGGAGUAUGUCUAAUGCAGCUGUGGUGCCUAAUUGUUUGUGGUUUUAGCAGAAAGAAAUGCUUGUUGUACAUGUUGUGUAGGAGGUGAAAACCCCAAUGUGUGAAGAAAUUGCUGCAGCAGCAGCUAGCCAUGUCGCAGCCAGGUAGAUUCUUUUCCAGGUAGACGCCAUUUCUCUUUUGGAAAUACUUUGUGUAACUUGUUGUAUGCUUCAAUGCAGUGCAGUGGUAAAUGGUAGUUGUACUUCAUUCA